AUGGGUAUCCUGGACGCUCUGUCGGAGACGGGCUGGUUCCCGACGCUGCGCAGGCAUCGCUACAUAAAGAAGCGCCCGCAGCUCCAGACCGUGAAGAUGAAGGUCCGGAUGGACUGCGAGGGCUGCGAGCGCCGGGUCCGGAACGCCGUCCGCCACCUCAAGGGCGUCACCGGCGUCGAGCUACUCCCCAAGCAGAACAAGGUGACGGUGACGGGCUACAUCGCCGACCCCGGCAAGGUCAUGCGGCGGGUGGCGCGCAAGACCGGGAAGCGGGUGGAGGCGUGGCCGUACGCGCCCUACGACGCCGUGCCGCACCCCUACGUGCCCGGCGCCUACGACAAGAAGGCGCCCCCCGGCUACGUCAGGAACGUUGUGGCGGAUCCCGACGCCGCGCCGCGGGCGCUCGCGUCGCCCACGGAGGUAGGCUACACGGAGGCCUUCUCCGACGACAAUCCGAACGCGGCGUGCACUGUCAUGUAG